UAGGCCCAACUCUUAUGGCAUCCCCAUAAUAAUUAAAAAAAAAAACAAAAACAGAGAGAAAGCUCCUCCAUGAGCUUGAUUCCAGUGAAGUGGAGUCGUUGUGAUAUCUCCAUCGAAAUUCCACACUUGGUUUCUGAAAAUCGAAGCAACUUCAGUUAGUUAGCGUUCAAUUCCAUAACCACAGAUCCACACUUUUUUAUUUUUUCCAUUUUCCCGAGAAAGUGUGGGGAAGCAAUGGAAAAGAUGAACAAAGCCUUCGAGAAAGUGAAGAUUAUGGUGGGAAUGGACGCCGAAGAUGAAGAGCAACAAGCUGCAGCAUUGAACAACAGCAACUCCUUCGCCUUCAUGGACGACUUCAACCGCAACUGCACCUUGUCCACCACACAGAGACUAUAUGGUUUUGCCAUAUGCUUUGCUGCUGGAUUAUCUUGUACGCUAUUGUCUAUGCUUGUUUUCUUCAAACCAAUCAAGUUUGCGAUAGCAUUCACUCUUGGUAAUCUGCUUUCACUUGGAAGCACAGCAUUCCUUAUAGGUCCUAAAAGGCAAGUUACAAUGAUGCUUGACCCUGUUCGUAUAUAUGCAACAGCCAUAUACAUUGCAAGUAUGAUAAUCGCCUUGUUUUGUGCUCUUUAUGUUCAUAACAAGUUACUGACAUUUCUUGCAAUUAUUUUGGAGUUUGGGGCACUUGUUUGGUAUAGCUUGAGCUACAUCCCUUUUGCGAGGUCCAUGGUUUCAAAGAUCAUGGUUUCAUGCUUUGACACAGAAUUUUAGGCUAUAUAGUAUAUACUCGAGACUAUGGCACUGUUUGUUGAACUCGCUGCAUUGACACCCCCAAUAUCCUUGCAGCAGUCCUGUAGAAAAGUGUUUUUUGCUGCUGAAAUACAAUUGUGGACAAUGAUUCUCUACUGCUUGCUCUUUCCUUUUGUGGUGUCUUGUUUAGGUUUCACUAGAUUGUUAGACGUAAAAUCUUGUUAAUUUCUAUUAUGUUGUAUAUGAGCUAAUGUAAAGAUUUUAAUUUCUCUCAAUUAGUUGUCAUUUCAUUCUUGGUGGAGGCUAAGGUGGGAGAGUUAAACAUGUUUUUCACCAUGGGAAAGGUUUUGUAAACCAUUAAUUUUUAUUUUUUAAUUUCAAUCUGUUGACUUUUUUCUUUUU